AACGACAAUUUAACAAUGGUUGUCACCACAACGCGUAGUCCGCUGCUGGCGCAGACGCAGCCCAAUAAUCCAGCAACAAGUGGCAGCCACACGGCCGCAAUGCGAUCCCGUUUGAUAUUUCCACGACAACACUAUCAGAUGGCAGACUUCUCGGAUAGUUCACCGAGUGGAAUGCUGAGUCCGGCGUCAACGCUCAUUGAAAGUUUCAACAAGAAGAGUGGCUCGGCAACGACCACGCCCCUCUCCCUGCCACUCACCAGCUCCACGAGCAGCAACAUGCUGUGCAACAACAAUACGCCCACACUAAACGGUGGCAACACAAACGGAGGAGUGGGUCCCCUCAGCGGGGGCAGCACAACAACAACAACAGCAGCAGCAGCAGCAGUUACUGGUUUGGGCGGACGACAGAUAAAUACAAGUUCGAGUUCUUGCAGUAGUCUUAAGGAAACCUCACAUCAGUCCACAUCCACAUCACAGCAGGUUGUGAACAGCAGCAGCAGCACAACGACGCGUGUGGAGAAGAAAUCGCAGCGUUUGCAUCACAUAACAUCAUCAUCGACGACACAAGCGUCAUCAUCGUCAUCGUCUUCCUCGUCAUCAACGUCUUCGGAAAUGAAGGCCGCCGCCGUCAAGCGCGAUCUCACUGAUAUUAAAAUGUCCAUGUCGGAAAUAGAACGUCUGACAGCGGCGCCAACGCAAACGCGACACCAUCCAUCGAUUGAUGACCUUAAGGGUCUCAAUAGCGAAGAUACCAUAACGCAGUUGAAAAAGAAAAUGCGUGCCUCAAUCGAGAAUCUAGUUGAUGGCAAUGAUGAUGGCAGCUGUUACGGCAUUGUAACGACUCCGGAUGGCGAUGAUGAUUGUUGCACACACAAACAUUUUGGCAACGGUUUGGAUUUAACGCAUCCAACUGCCACACAGCUGAGCGCCAGCAGUGGCUUAAGUGGCUCGAAUAAAACGAUUGACACCAUCAAGUUUGAGGAGAAGCGUUCCAAAUCGAUGGCCACCACAAAAGUGGUGGCCGAUGGCUUCAGCUCCGAGCAGGCGACCAGCAAUUCAGCGGAAAUGAAACGUCUCCAGGCUGGUGACAUUGAUUACAAAGAGGCUAAGGCUGCGUCAGCGGUUCGAAAUCGUCUGGAAGUGGAUGGCGUCAAAGCUGAGGAGAGUGCAGCCGUCAUGCAGGAAGCGCUCUCGCUGCGCACAGGCGAUAUUACACAGCAGGCGAGCAACAAGGUGGCCGCGGCCAGUAUUAAAGUGCACAGCGACAAUUUCUCGGCCGAUAAAAAGGCCAUUUCGCAGUCGCAGCAAUCGCAGACGAUGACAUCGAAUGGCAUCAUUAGCCAGGAGAAGCAUGUCUCCUCGGCAUCGCAGGCCAACUAUUCGAUGACGCACAAGGGUGUUUCCAGCACGGGCAGCAGCAUGAUCUCUUCCACUUCGCAAAUGUCUGCCACAAAUGGUCAGGGGCUCAAGCUAAAGGAUCUCAAGCUCGAUGAUCUGAAAUCCCUGUCAUCGGGCAGCGGCCAGCAGGAGAUUGAGCAGGCCAUCCGAAAGUAUUCAGAUGUGCUAACUGCCUUCGUCAGUUCGCUGCAAAGCGAUGACAGCAGUCCAGUGUCCAGUGCCGGCGAAAAGAAAUCCGUCUAUCUGGAGAAGAUCAACGAGGUGAUCCGUCGCGCCUGGGCAGUGCCCACACAUGGACACGAGCUGGGCUACUCCCUCUGCAAUUCACUGCGACAGAGUGGCGGUCUCGAUCUGCUGAUGAAGAACUGCGUGCAGCACAACAGUGAUCUCCAAUUCUCGUCGGCCCAUCUCCUCGAACAGUGUCUCACCACCGAGAAUCGAUCGCAUGUCGUCGACAAUGGGCUCGACAAGGUGGUGAAUGUGGCAUGCGUCUGCACCAAGGAAUCGAAUAUGGAGCAUUCGCGUGUCGGCACUGGCAUACUGGAGCAUCUCUUCAAGCAUUCCGAGGGCACAUGCUCCGACGUGAUCCGGCUGGGUGGCCUCGACGCCCUGCUUUUCAAGUGCCGCACCAACGAUGUGGAAACGCUGCGUCACUGCGCCAGCGCUCUGGUCAAUCUUUCGCUAUAUGGCGGUGCUGAGAAUCAGGAGGAGAUGAUUGUCCGCAAGGUGCCCAUGUGGCUGUUCCCGCUUGCCUUCCACAACGACGACAACAUCAAGUACUAUGCCUGCCUGGCCAUUGCCGUUCUCGUUGCCAACAAGGAGAUCGAGGCGGAGGUCCUCAAAUCCGGCUGUCUUGAUCUCGUCGAGCCAUUUGUCACCUCGCACGAUCCGUAUGUCUUUGCCAAGUCGAAUCUUUCGCAUGCUCACGGCCAGAGCAAACACUGGCUGGAGAGAUUGGUGCCCGUUCUGAGUUCCAAUCGGGAGGAGGCUCGCAAUCUGGCCGCCUUCCAUUUCUGCAUGGAGGCGGGCAUCAAACGGAAACAGGGCAACACGGACAUCUUCCACGAGAUCGGUGCCAUUGAGGCCCUUAAAACUGUGGCGAGUUGCCCCAAUGCGAUUGCCUCAAAGUUUGCAGCGCAGGCGCUGCGUCUGAUUGGUGAAACGGUGCCACACAAGUUGUCCCAGCAGGUGCCUCUUUGGAGUGUCGAAGAUGUGCAGGAGUGGGUCAAACAGAUUGGUUUCAAUAGUUACCUGCGCCAGUUCGAUGAAUCCCAGGUGGAUGGCGAUCUGUUGCUCAAGCUGAACCAGGAGAACCUUCGCGAUGACAUUGGCAUUACAAACGGCAUUCUUCUCAAGCGCUUCGAGCGUGAACUGCAAAAUCUCAAACGUAUGGCGGACUACUCGUCCAAGGACACGGCCAAGAUGCAUCACUUCCUUGCCGAGCUCGGCCCCGAUUACUGCACCUAUACGUAUGCCAUAUUGAAUGCUGGCAUCGAUAAGUGCACCCUGCCCCAUGUCAACGAGGAUAUGCUGAUGACAGAGUGCGGCAUCAAGAAUGCCAUUCACCGUCUGCGGAUUCUGAAUUCGGUGAAGAAUCUUGAGAACUCGCUGCCCAGCUCAUCCGAGGAGAAUAUGGCCAAGACACUGGACGUAUUUGUCAGCUACAGACGCUCCAAUGGCUCACAGCUGGCCAGUUUGCUUAAGGUACAUCUCCAGUUGCGCGGCUUCUCGGUGUUCAUCGAUGUGGAGCGACUGGAGGCGGGCAAAUUUGAUAAUGGCCUACUCAACAGUAUUCGACAGGCAAAGAAUUUUGUCUUAGUAUUAACCCCAGAGGCACUGCAUCGCUGCAUCAACGAUGAGGACUGCAAGGAUUGGGUGCAUCGCGAAAUUGUUGCGGCUCUGAACGCAAAUUGCAAUAUAAUACCGAUUAUGGAUCAGCAAUUCACGUGGCCAGAGAAUCUACCGGACGACAUGUGCAGUGUGGCUCAUUUCAAUGCCGUCAGCUGGAUACACGAUUAUCAGGAUGCGUGCAUCGAUAAGCUCGAAAGAUUUUUGCGAGGCGAAAAGAAUGUCGAUCGCAUCGCGGCGAUGGCGCCCGGAGUGCCAGGGGGCUCAUACCAAAGAAUGCACAGCAACGAUUCCGACUAUCAGCAGAGUGGUGGCGUUGGCGGUGGCGGUGGCGCGGGCAGUGUGGUGGAUGGCCUGAUGGCGGCCAAUGGCAGCGGACAAGCUAAUCACCAGGCAAAUAGAUACCGGCAAUCACCCUCACCAGCCCGCCAGCGCGGCAGCACCUCCCUGCUGAGCUAUGGACGCGGCCAGACGAAGCGCUCCAAUAUGCUGCCACCGUAUCGCACCCAGCAGGCGGCGCUGCUGCACAAGUCCGGAGCUGGGUCGGCAUCGAUGCAGAAUAUGAUGCCACUGGCAUGUUUGCCGCCACGUCGCAGCUCUGCUGCCGGACUGGGGCACAAUGCCAGCAUGGCGAAUGGCUAUCGAUCGCACAGUGUGGAUGGGCUGCUGGAUCAGGCGGCGGCUAAUAGUCAUGAUAGUCUGAGCACGCCCGAGCAGCGGAUUGCGGCAGCGGCAGCUGUUGUCACUGCUGGCAGCACAGCGCUAACGAAUGCCAGCUCCACGUGCACACUGCAGCCGGAGGAGGAGGAGGACCUGGCGGAUGAUGGGGAUGAUCAGUUGGUCACGAAUGGCUUGUGCCAUGUGACGCGACGUGAGAAGCGCGAUAAUCUGGCGCCGCCAAAUGUGCAACAGCAUCGCAAAUCGCGCAGUCUCGAUCACAUUCUGUCCAAGCAGACGCUCGCCGAGCUGUUGGCACCGAGCGAACCCAACGAGGAGACACAGAGCAUGCAGAAUCUGGCAUUGCCGAUGACACCGUGUCCGCAGCGGCGAGACGCCAGCUCAUCCUCGAAAUCACCGACGCCGGAGCGAACCGUUCAGCCGCCGCAACGUGGCGUCUUCAAGCGGCACAGUCCCGACGGUGUCAGCUCCACGGAGAGUGAGCGCGAGGAUGGGCAGGAGCCGGUGAAGGCACCGAUUCAUGGCAAUCAGCAGCGGGCGGCGGCGCAUGUGCAUCGUGGUGGCAGCAUCAACAGCAAUAAGACGUCCAACUCGUCGCUGGGAUCGAACAAUAGCGCCAACAAUAAGACGAUCUUUAAUCGAACGAUGAAAAAAGUGCGCUCGCUGAUCAAAAACAACGAACUGGAGGACGAUGAGCUCGCGGAUAUUAUCCUGUCCAAGGCAACGUCUCCAAAUGCAGGACGCAUGAUAUUUUGGUAGAGACACAAACUCAAACGAAUUUUCACAAAAAAAACAACACUUUGUAAAUAUGAAAGCAAAACGAAUUAAAUGCUUCACAGGUGACUUGAUUUGAA